AUGUCAAGGGCUUCAAUGUACCCUAUACUAAGGGACUCAAACUCAAGUACAAAUUCAUUAGAAGCCGAUGUAUCAUGGAGGCUAAGCAAUUAUUUCGUAACUCAACUCUUCUUUGGUACAAGCUCACAUCUUUUUGCCCCUUAUGUUAUCUUAGACACUGCAGAUGAUAAAAUUUGGGUCCAAACUUAUGGUUGUGACCCAUGUUUUGAAGUAAAGGGUGGAAACCCUAAUGUCCAAUUAUCGGCUUCAUUUAAAUUAAUGAGCUUAGAUGAUCCGCGAUGUGCUCUACCAAAAUUUGAAUAUAAUGGGUUAUGUGGCUAUAGAAGCAUGUAUGGGAGUCGAUCUGGACCGACAACCAUGGGUCCGAUGGGGACGGAUACAUUUUUAUUCAUUGAUUCUCAAACACAAAAACCCACAUUUUUUGAAGAUAUAGCAUUUGGGUGCGGCGUUGAAAAUAAGAACAUCAGGUUCGGGGGUAACACAGGACCUGAAAACACAAUUUCAGGGAUUUGUGGACUCGGACCGAUUAGUCCAAAGUCUUUAAUUAACCAACUAGAUGCACAAGUUAAAGGUCGUUUUUCUUAUUGUCUUACAUCUUGGGCUGAGCCUAAUCUUGGGAGAUCUACAAUGUAUUUUGGAGAUGAUGCUCGAAUAGUUGGACCAACUGUCCAACAAAUUGCUAUGAAUACCAAAAUCAAGUACCAUCUUUACUUUACUGGUAUAAGCGUUGAUGGUAAAAGGCUUCCGAUUGAUAAAUCUGUUUGUGCAAUUGGUGAUACGAGGACUGUGACUACAGGCUUCUUCAUUGACUCGGGUGCACCAAGCACAGCUUUAGCUAAAUCCGCGUACCAACCCUUAAGGUUGGCAUUGGUAAGUUACUUUGCUCAAUAUGGUUGGCAACCUGUUAAAGAACAAGAGUAUGAUCUUUGCUACUUGUCGACGCCUAAAGAAGGCCAAAGCUAUCCAACCGUGGUGUUUCAUUUUUCGAAGGGAGAUCAAGGAGGGGAGGUUGAUUGGAUAAUGGACAAAGAUAACAUGUUUGUUAGAUUUGGUACGGUUGAUGGUUUUUGUAUGGUGAUUGGGGAAACUCCUGAUCCAGGACCUUGCAUCUUUGGAGCGUAUCAACAUGCAAACUUUAGAGUCUUAUAUGAUGUGAAAAAAUGGUCAACUUUAUUUCACCCCUGA